AUGCCCCAGGCAGCCGGUCCUGUCUGGCUUGAUGAAGUAAAAUGCACGGGAAGUGAAUCUUUUCUGUCCAGCUGUCGUUCCUCAUCAUUUGGUCAACACGACUGUGAUCACAAAGAAGAUGUCAUCGUUCUUUGUUCUGGUUCCGGAGUGACUCCUACUGAACGCAACAAUUCAGAUUUUGGAAACUGGACCCCAUCCAUCAUGGUUACUGUCUGCAUAACCCUUGGAAUUGUAUUCAUCAUUGAGUUAUUAAUACUGGUGACGAUAGCAAGGAGACGGUCAGCAAUCAGUGGUGCACUAAUGAGCGGCUAUGGAUCACCUGUUGAC